AUGGAGCUUUUUGCUUCCGACCUCCACAAUGUAGGCAUCCCACCGCCUCCUACUCCGACUGACUUCAGCCAUCACCAUCGUCCCUCUAUCUUCCAUACGUCUUUCUUCUGGGGAACCCACGCCCAGGUUCUGUUCUCAUGUUGGCCAGGACACGACAAGACCAUGUACGGAGUUGCAGGACCGAACCGAAUUGCGUUAGGCCUGUUCAAGACGGGUAUACACACCAUUCGAGCCGGUCUAUCCUAUUUGGUCAUGUUAGCUGUAAUGUCCUUCAAUGGUGGUAUUUUUCUGGCGGCUGUAUUGGGCCAUGCUCUUGGAUUUUUGCUAUUUGCUAGUAGACUUCUUACCAAAUUUAGGAUGAAUUCUUCUUAA